CCUCAGAAAUACCUUCAGUUUAUAAAGAGACGCUGCGUUACGACACAGACGACUGAUUUUACUGCAGAAUCCAGAAAUAUAAAGGUUCCCCUGAGAAAAGUGAGCCCCUUUCCCUCCCAAUCAGUGGAACCUCCCGGUGGGUUAAAACAACCCCUGAACUGGAGCGAUUUGGGUCCCCAGCUUUAUUAAAGACACGAACAAUAGGGGUCGGUGUCGGCAGUGUUCAGCUGUGUGUGAAUGAAGAAGAGUAAAUGAUGGAUCUUCAGAACUCCAGCAGUGGAGGAGGACCUCCUGUCCUAAAAUCUGUUUACAGGGAGAAGAGAGCAGCAUCUCCAGCCCCCAGUGGAGUGUCUAUGAAGAGUGAUUGGUCCAUGCCAGAACCUCUAAACUUCAGCAGUGGAGGAGGAAGCUCUGGGUCUCGAACUGAAACCCAGAGAGGAGCUUCUCCAGAACCCAGCUGUGUUUCUAUGAAGAGUGACCAGUCCAUCGAUCAUCCUCCUGAUUUCAGCAGUGAAGAUAUGACCUCUGACCCACAUGAGAAGAAAAAAAACUUUUCCAGAAAAGAACUGGACCACAUAUUCAAGGAGCUGCAGGAGAAGUUUAUCUCUCUAGUGAAGAACGAGCUAAACACGUUUAAGAAGCUCCUGAGUCCAGAUUACACAGCAUGCUCUGAGGGAGAGGUGGAUGAUGAUCAUAAGGAGGGGGUGCUGAAGGUCACACUGCACAUCCUGAGGAACAUGAAUCAGACAGACCUCGCCAACACACUAGAGAGCAAAUUAGCCCCAGCAUGCCAACGAAAGCUCAAAUCCAAGCUGAAAAAUAAAUAUCAGAUACUUAAUGAAGGAAUAUCGGGCCAUGUAAAGUCAGCACUUCUGAAUGAGGUCUACACAGAGCUCUACAUCACAGAGGGAGAUGGAGGAGAUGUCAAUCAGGAACAUGAGGUGAAACAGAUUGAAGCUGCAUCCAGGAAAAGGAAAACAGAGGAAAAACCAAUCAAAUGCAACGACAUCUUUAAACCAUUACAAGAACAGAAACGACCCAUCAGAACUGUACUGACUAAAGGAGUUGCUGGAAUUGGAAAAACAGUCUCUGUGCAGAAGUACAUUCUGGACUGGGCUGAAGGAGAAGUAAAUCAGGACAUUCUCUUCAUAUUUCCACUUCCUUUUAGAGAGCUGAAUCUGAUGAAGGAGAAGAAGCUCAGUCUGGUAAAUCUUCUUCAGAGCUUUUUCCCAGAAACACAAGAUUUAAAACCAAGACAUUAUAAGAGCUACAAGGUCAUGUUCAUUUUUGAUGGACUGGAUGAGUGUCGAUUGCCUCUAGAUUUCCAGAACAAUGAGAACUUGGUGAAUAUAGAAGAGCAAACCUCAGUGGAUGUUCUGCUGACGAACCUCAUCAAGGGGAAUCUGCUUCCCUCUGCUCUCCUCUGGAUCACCUCUCGACCAGCAGCGGCCAAUCAGAUCCCUCCGGAGUGUUUUGAUCAGGUAACAGAAGUGCGGGGUUUCAGUGACCCUCAGAAACAGGAGUACUUCAGUAAGAGGAUCAGAGAUCAGGACGUGGCCAACAAAGUCUUCACACACAUCAGGUCUUCAAGAGGCCUCUACAUCAUGUGCCACAUACCGGUCUUCUGCUGGAUUACAGCCACUGUUCUAGAGAGAAUGCUGAGUGAAGCUGAAAGUGGAGAAAUUCCCAAAACCCUGACGCAGAUGUUCACACACUUCCUGAUCUUUCAGAUCAAACACAAGAGCCAGAAGUACAGUGGGAAAAGUGACAUUGAUCCUCAGCAGACUAGAACAAGUAUCCUGGCUCUGGGGAAACUGGCGUUCCAGCAGCUGGAGAAAGGAAACCUGAUCUUCUAUGAGGAAGAUCUAAAAGAGAGUGGUAUCAAUAUUAAAGAAGUGUCAGUGUACUCAGGAGUGUGUACCCAGAUCUUCAGGGAGGAACAUGAGCUGCACCUGGGGAAGGUCUUCAGCUUUGUACAUCUGAGCGUUCAGGAGUUUCUUGCUGCUUUAUAUGCAUUUCUCUGCUUCAUUGACAGAAGCGUUCUGAAUCAGCAAACCACUAAAAACCAAAACACUGAACUAUCUGAACUCUUCAGCAGGUCAUCAAUGACUGACUUCCUCAGCAGUGCCAUAGACAGAGCCUUACAGAGUGAGAGUUGACACCUGGACCUGUUCCUUCGUUUCCUCCUGGGUCUCUCACUGGAGUCUAAUCAGAAUCUGUUACGAGUCGUACUGACACAGACAGAGAGGAUCUCUGACAGCAAUGAGGAAACAGUCCAAUACAUCAAGGAGAAGAUUGAGAAGAACUCAUCUCCAGAGAAAUCCAUCAAUCUGUUCCACUGUCUGAAUGAACUGAAUGAUCAUUCUCUGGUGCAGGAAGUGCAGAAAUACCUGAGGAGAGGUGG